AUGGCACCCUCUAUCCAUCCUCUCAUCGACAAUGGCAUCACACCAGGCUCCAGUACAUUCUCUGGUGGAAAGCUCCACUGUCACUGCACCUCCGACCAGGUCGAGAUCACUCUGAAUAGCAAUGUUGCCCACAACCACGCCUGUGGCUGCUCUAAGUGCUGGAAGCCACCCGGUUCUCUCUUCUCCAUCGUUGGCGUUGUACCCCGAGACGCUGUCUCAGUCACAGCAAAUGCUUCGAAGCUUUCAAUUGUGGACAAAGAAGCUACCAUUCAACGUAAUGCCUGCAAAGUCUGCGGUGUGCACCUCUUCGGGCGUAUCGAGAGAGAUCAUCCUUUUAGGGGACUAGACUUUGUACACGUGGAGUUGUCUGAUGAAAAGGGCUGGCAGGAACCACAAUUCGCCGGCUUCGUCUCGUCCAUCAUUGAACAGGGUUCCCACCCAAAAGAAAUGGAUGAAGUGAGAGCCAAAUUCAAGGCCGUUGGAUUGCAGACAUACGACGUGCUGUCGCCGGUGCUAAUGGACCUGAUCUCCACUUUUACAGCUCAGAAGUCCGGCAUCAGAUUUGCCAAUUUGUGA